UUUUAGUAAACAUCCAUUUAGCGGAAAGAAAUAAGCGAAAAAAGUUGUUAACAGUGUCGUAUUGGAAUUACAGUGCCAUACAUACAUACUAACAUACAUGUCUGACUGUUGUGUACACAGCGCCGCAGUGAACGAAGAAAGGAAAAAAGUAAUUCUUUUUUUUAUCAGAAUAAAAUCAAAAAUUUAACAAAACUAUCAAAAAAAUUACGUGUAAUCACUCAAAUUAGAAAUAUUGGUCACCUAAGAAGUAAAAUAAUAAUGUGUGAAUAAUAUUUUUUACUGAUAAAACGAAAAUCAUAAUGUUCCCUAAAGGGGUACAAUCUGUGGCUAAGUGAAAGAAAUACGAAAAAAAUAAGUAGCAACUUAAUUGUUUAUUGUUUUAAGGGAGGGGUGGUAUAUUGGGGAAAAAAAUGUUUAACAUUAACAGCUCAACACAGUAUAUUGUUUCAAGUGUUUCACUAAAUAAACAAUAAAUAUUUUAUAACAAUAAAAGAAAUAUAAUUAAGAACGUAUUUGUACUUCCAAACUGCAAAGGAAGACGAUUUUUAAUAAAGACCUACGCAGCUUAACAAAUUUAAGGAUCUCAAUAAAUAUGAAUUUUUAAAGUCUUAAAAACACCGUUCUUCAUAAACUACAUACGGGUUUUAUAAAAGUGGCCCAGCAUUUACUUACUGGAAACAUAAACACAGCUUAUAACCAUGUAUAGAAUAACAGAAGGAGAACGCAAUCAGUCGCAGGCUACAACACCAGAUUUAGAUGAUUCGAUAAGUUUUUCCGAUGAUGUAAAUCCUGAUGUAGACGUUGAUGUCGAAUCUGUUGCCACUAAAAAACCACACUUCUUAGACUAUGAUGCUGUCCCACCGCCAGAUUUUGUGGAGCAUUUCGAUAGGGCCAUGAAUUUUGGCAAUGUUGCAACAAGCUCAACAACAACAAUAGCCACAGCAAAUAAUGUGAUGAGCAGUAAUGGAGGUGGUGGCAGUGGUGAACAGCUUAAAUUGGAUAAAAAAUACGAAAGAGAUGGUGAAAUAAGUGAUUAUGAAUUGGCAGCUAGUGGUUAUACCAAAAAGGAAUUUACCCAAGAUGACAAUACUUUGAACAUAACAACGGCUUUGUCGGCAAAUGCUGUUAAGCCGAGAAAACAUUUCUUAGACGAGAAUCCCAUACCGCCCGACUACAUGUUAAAUGAUCAUCAAAUGCGUGAGCAUCGCAGUUUGGAUCGUAACUUUGAAAGACAUAAUGAACAGAAAUCAGCUUUGGAUUUACAUGCAAAUUUGCCAGGUUUUCGUUCAUCGCGAGAACGUUUUAAGGAUAUACCAGCUAUAAGUCGUUUGCCCAAAGGUGCCGCUUGGACCCAAAGUUUUGAUAGUCGUUAUGAUAGUAAUUUAUCGGCAGAUAAACUAGAUGAUUUUGGCCCUAAAGUCGAAUGUGUUUAUUCGUUACUUUCGAUGCUGGGUUCGAAUGAUCCCUUAGAAAUGUCCAAAAAGUUUCAUGAACUAUCAAAAACUCCUGAGACAUGCAACACAUUGAGGAGAUCAGGCUGUAUACCUUUGCUUGUGCAAAUGAUACAUGCAGAAGGUGGGCCGGAUGAACAAAGAAAGUGGGCUGGUAUGGCUCUGCAUAAUGUGGUGCAUACCCACCCUGAUGAGAAAUCAGGACGUCGUGAGGCCAAGGUAUUAAGAUUAUUGGAUCAAAUUAUGGACUAUUGCAAUUUUUUGCGUACUCUACUGCAAAGUGGUGGCGAGGCAAUAGCCGAUGACGCUGACCGUCAUCCCUUGGCUGCCAUGUCCUCCUUAAUGAAAGUUAGUUUCGAUGAGGAACAUCGUCAUGCUAUGUGUGAAUUGGGUGCCUUACAGGCUAUACCCAGUUUGGUACAUUUGGAUCAUGCUGUGCAUGGUCCAAAACCCGAAAAUCAAUGCUGCAAUUCUCUGCGUAGAUUUGCUUUAAUGGCUUUGACUAAUCUUACCUUUGGCGAUGAAAACAAUAAGGCUUUACUUUGCAGCCAGAAACUAUUCAUGGAGGCGCUGGUCGCUCAAUUAGAUUCCGCUCCCGAUGAUUUGCUUCAAGUAACUGCCAGUGUUUUGCGCAACUUGUCCUGGAGAGCCGAUGCUCAAAUGAAAGCUGUUCUAAAUGAAAUUGGCACUGUUACGGCUUUGGCUAAGGCAGCUAUGAAAAAUAAAUGCGAAAAUACUCUCAAAGCUAUACUGUCAGCUCUGUGGAAUUUGUCGGCCCAUUGCAGCACCAACAAGGCAGAAUUUUGUGCUGUUGAAGGUGCUCUCUCCUUCAUUGUUCGUAUGUUGACGUAUGAAGGUCCCAGCAAGACUUUGAAAAUUAUAGAAAACGCUGGUGGUAUUCUGAGGAAUGUUUCCAGCCACAUAGCCGUUAGAGAAGAUUAUCGCCAAAUCCUAAGGGAGCACAAUUGCUUGUCUAUAUUAUUGCAACAAUUGAAAUCGGAAAGUCUAACGGUGGUUAGUAAUUCAUGUGGCACUUUAUGGAACUUAUCAGCACGUUGUCCGGAAGAUCAACGCUUUCUCUGGGACAAUGGUGCAGUGCCCAUGUUAAGAUCUCUAAUACAUUCAAAACAUGCCAUGAUUUCGGAGGGUAGUGCUUGUGCUUUGAAAAAUCUUUUGAACUUUCGACCCUCAUCGCAGAAUACUAAUCAUAUGGAUAAUAUAGCGAGAUCUUUAAAUUUGAAAAAGUUGCCCACACUCAAUGUGCGUAAACAGAAGGCUUUGGAGCAGGAACUUGGAGCAGCUUCAAAAUCGCACAGUGAAACUUGCGACAACCUGGACUCAAUAAAUCCCAAAGACAGGCCUACAUAUGAUGCAUCUGCGGCUAUGGGCUCAUCCAUACAACGACAUCGUUUUCCUUUACACAACGCUCUAGGUUCAGUGGUAGGAGGAGUUGUUGGUAGUAGCGCUACUGGACGACUAACACGUUCCGCUAUGCUAACAAAAAGCGAAAGCCGUGAUUCUGUAUUUUCUGCCAAAUCCGAUGGUGCAGUUUAUGAUCAUCUCAUGAGAUCGCACUCAGCUUCAGAUGCCAAUCGAAAAUUACAUCACAGUUCAAGGCCACAACCGCCAACAUCAUAUCCCUUAGAAGGAGACGUAGAGCCGGCCGAAGAACAACCCAUAGACUAUUCACAAAAAUACAAAGAACAUAUUACAAAACACAACGAUCAUGGAGAAGAUGAAGAAAAUUGUCCGGCCACCUACCAGGAAACUGAUUUAGAUCAGCCUACAGAUUUUAGUUUACGCUAUGCUGAAAAUCAGCUGGAAAGUGAUAUUGACUUAUCACCACCCGUGGGUAAUGAAACAUCGGGUAUUGUUACUGAUGCUCGCGUAAACUUGGCGGUGGCGGCGCAGCAGCAGUCUAAGCCCAGAACAGAUAAUAACGGCGAAGGUAAUGAAAUAUUGUUAAUACUAGAAGACAGUGUUAAAUGUUAUCAAACCGAGGACACUCCUUAUGUAAUAUCAAAUGCUGCUUCUGUAACAGAUUUGAGAUCUGUACCAGCUUCAACUAAAAUUGAAGAGAGUGAUUUGCCCUCAGGCUUGGAUAACUCAGAAGCAACCUCUACAAGUGGAGCAGCAAUGAUACCCACACGCAAGUUUAGUCGUGUGAAUCCACAUCAUCAGGCUACUCAACAUUCUAGUAAUCCAUAUGGAUCGGGUUCCUAUACUCCCGAGAAGCCGGUUAACUAUUGUGAAGAAGGUACACCAGGCUAUUUCAGUCGCUAUGAGUCAUUAAGUAGUCUUGAUGAAUCACCACCACAGGGAGAACACUCACAAAAAGAUCCACAAAGGUUGACUGGUAAGUGUGGAGAGAACAAUCUAAGUUCUCUUUCCAAAACCAGUAGUAGUGAUGCCGAUAAAUCAACUUCACCACCCGAACCACCACCUAUGGUCCAGACACCCCAAAUAAAUUCUGCUUUAGAAACACCUCUAAUGUUUUCACGACGCUCAUCCAUGGACUCUUUGGCUGAAGAAGACGUCGGACCAAUCGAUGAUAAAAGCUCAGUGGUUAGUGAUUUCAGUCGUUUGGCUAGUGGUGUAAUAUCACCCUCAGAAAUUCCCGAUUCUCCCACACAAAGUAUGCCACAAUCGCCUAGAAGAAAUUCGGGAUCAGGCGCAGCUUCCACCACAUGUUUUUCGACUGGUGUUUCACCCAACACACAGCGCAUACAAAAUCGCUCAGGGGAAAAUAGCAAAAGAUGUUUGCGAAGUGUAUUUGAGGAUGACCUCAGUACUUUUAAUGUAGAAAACACGCCAGCUCAGUUCUCCACUGCUACUAGUUUAAGUAAUUUGUCUAUUUUGGAUGAAGAAACUUCCAAUCAAUCACCACCUCAACAGCAGCAACCAACACUUCCGCCUACAACCAAUACAAUUUCCGAAGGUGAAGAGGAGGAGGAUGCUAAUGAGAAUAACGAUGAUUUACUAUUGGCUUCCUGUAUUAAUAUGGGCAUGAACAGGGCUGCCAUACCCUCAACAUAUUCACAAAAUACCGACACUAAUUCAUCGGUCAACCAUCCAACUGGUAUGACACACGAUGAGCCACGACAAUACUAUACCGAAGAUACUCCAGCUUUACUAUCGAAAGUUGGCAGUAAUACAAAUCUUUCGGCCAUUUCAAUAUGCUCCAGUAAUAAUGAUCCCAAAGAGGACACUGUCUACGAAGUAUUAGGCUGCUCCUCGGGCAAUACCACCCGUACUCACCACAACCAAUCCAUUAAUAGACGUUCUCUGAAUUUAUCGGAUGAUAUGUCUUCAAAUGCUUCAGAAAGUGGUGCAGGUGGUAUUGAUAUAUUACAACAAUGCAUACGCGAUGGCAUGCAAAAACCAUCGACCAAAGAAAAAGUUGAAUUGCCCACACACACCGUUUCCUCUAAUCUUAUGGAUCCCAUAGCCAUGUUGCGAAGAGGUGGUAAUAUAUUACCACCUUUUGUUCCUGUAAAUGAUGAAAUGAAUAAAUAUCGAGUUGAAGACAGUCCGUGCAAUUUUUCCGUCAUGUCUGGUCUAUCAAAUCUUACGGUGGGCUCUAGCCUCGUUGGACCAGCUGUAAUACUGCAAGGAGCAUCAAAUGCAACGUCUAACAAUAUUGAAAUGCCAGCUCCAAAUCAGAAAAAUAUUGCAGUGGCUGCAAUGCCGCCUGUUUUACAACGUGAAGAUAAGCCUCAAUUGCCAGCUGCACCUGUAGAGGAUGUUAGAAGGGAACCCCAAUGGCAUGAUGAUUCAUUGAGCUCUCUAUCAAUCGAAUCUGAAGAUGAUACAAACCUAUUAAGUCAGGCUAUUGCCGCUGGUUGCAAUAGACCAAAAUCGAAUUUAGGUUUUACAACCGCAUUAACAUCGACUGGUAAACAUACAACCACCUCGUUGUCAUCAUCUCAGCCAAUACCCAUAAACACAGCAACCUCAACAUCCUCUUUGACAUCCCAAGCUACAGCGCGCAAUUUCGAGAAGCAACAUCAACAUCAUCUUCAGCAUCAACAGAAUCUUGACAAACACAACUAUCGUGACCCACUACAGGCAGGAAACGAGUCAUAUAGCUCAGUGGAUUCGAGUGAUUCUAAUGAUAAUCAAUCGAAAUCAUUGUUCGAACUCUGUAUACUGACGGGCAUGCAUAAAAAUCGAGAUUCUAAUAUGGUCGGUUCCUCAGGUGGCAGUACAACGUCACGCAAACAUACCAGAAGCGUACAAUCACACCGUUUAAAGUCGGGCCACCCAGAACAUAAUACUACCCAAUCGAAUCCCAAUUUGAAACAGUUCGAUUCGUUGCCCAUGCAAGGCAAACAAUUAACACCGAAUCGUCAUGUCCGCGAGCGAGACCGAAGAGAUGAGAAACUUCUAAUGGAAUGCAUAAACACUGGAAUAAUGAAAAAGAUUGGAGAAUCGAAUAAGCAAACAUCACUACUGACCCGUGAAGCUUUAGUUUUACACAAUACACAGCCAAAAAACGGGCAGGCUACGUCUGCAGCUGCUCAAAUGGAAGAAGCAACUCACCCAACAAGUGCCAAAUACACCAACAACACUCACAAUUCCUCCAUUACAGCCAACACCAUCAUCACCACCACCAACAUCACCACCAUCACAGCAGCUCCAGACGUAGAGAAGAAAGACAACUACACCUUAGUCCCAGAGAAUUUGAACAAAAUUCAACAGCAACAUCAGCAGAACAACAUCAGCAACAUCACCACCAGUCUAGACGAAGACAUAAAAGAUCAAAAAAAUCACAACAUGUAUCAACAGCUGCAACGACAACAGCAACAACAACAGGAGGAGGGACAGAGUCAAACUCUUCAAGCAGACGUAAAUCUUCAAAAUCUCGAGAACGUUCCCGAGACAAUGAAAGGUAUUGGGUGUAAAUAUGACAUUGAAAAUUGCGAUUCGUUAGGCAACGACGGCAACACUACACAAAGCGACGAAUCGAAUCAAUCGUUUAUAAUGGAAACAACCGUUUCUCUGGAAGCCAAACAAGCUGAAUGCAUUAGUUCCUUAAAUAAUUGCACCGAGAAACAUAAAGAUCCCGAUUUAAUGCUCAAAUCGGUGGAACGCCUGACCUUGGAGUUCGUUUCGUCCGCCGAACAAUUAAGAACCAACAGCAAUGCCACCGGCAAUGGAACACAAUCUUUAAACUCUGAUUCUAGUGAAAAUCACAAGAAAAUUAAUUCAUAUCUUAAUGGGAAUUGUGGUGGAGGAACUAAUAAUUCUACCUCUAAUAACACCUGGAAUGAAGACACCUGUCCCAAUGACGUUAGUUUCCCUAGUGUUAGUGUAACUGCGCCCAAGGUAGCUUCGCUUAGUUACGAUGACGAUGAUGAGGAUCAAGCCACCACGGCCGAUUAUAAAGAAUUAAAUGAUUUUGCUGAAAACACUCCUAUAAACGAGGAGUUACCCGCUCCCGACAUGUCUUUAGAUUUCGAUAACAUAGGUCUACAACAGAAUGGCUUCUAUUUGGAUUCCUCACAACCAGCCUCUUUGGAUUGUCUCACAGAAACUGAAAAAACUUUGGUAAAUGGCGAGAGCAGAGUUGGCAAUUAUACUGUCAAAGAGAGUGUGGUAGAUGAGGAGAGCAAUGGCAGCAAUGGUUUGCAUUUCAAAUUGGGAGGCAUUGUCCAGACAGCUGCCACUACGCCAUCAUUGUUCUUCAAUGCGAAUGCCAUGACAAACUCUACUUUCAUAGCCCAAGAAGCCAGAAAACUGGCCGCUAAUCUGCAAACUUCCGAUUUAGAGGAAGAAGAGGAAUUGACCUUUAGUAUUACUAGUUUAGAUUUGGAUAACAUAAGACCGCCUUCAGGAAUGGAUUCUUUAAAUAUAUCGGGCUAUUAUCAAGAUUCCACACAACCGAAUUCACUACAACGAGUGGGCAAUUCACCACAUAGUCCACAAAUGUCGUUUAAAUCACCGAAAUUCCCCAGGAAAAAUUUGCCUGCUGGUUUAAUGGCACGAAGAGCUCUGGGACAUAUGCCUCCCCACCUGACCGGCAGCGUGGAAAGUAUAAAUUCCUCUUGCAAUCUUCUGCUGGACAAUAUUAAGCCACCCUCUUUAAUGGAUGAACUGUUAGAUUCAAUGAUAAGUGUAGCAAGCAUACAAUCGGAGAUAGCCGAUGACUGCAACAGUAUGGCCACCACUGUUACUGUUUCGAAUUAUGAAACUUGUGCUGGUGGUGAAGAUGGCGACACGGUCACUUUGCAAAGUUGCUGCGAUAAUUAUUUGCCCAAAGAUGAUGAUCACACAUUAAAUGAAGGUAACACCACACCGCUGCCCUCUGACUUUGAUUUCAGUUCGGCCGAAAGUACACCCAAAAAGUCAGCAGCCGCUUCUCCGGCCUCUGGCUACAAAAGAAAUCUAACACCAAAACAGAAAAGAAAAAUAAUUAAAGACCGCUUUAAAACCUAUACAAUUGAAGCGGACAUGAUUAUUAACGAAGAACUGCAAAAGAAAAUGGAAGAAGCGCAACAAGAUGAAACGCUAGCCAUUGAAAUAACCAACUUGGAAAGCGAUGAGCAGCAGCAGGAACUGGAAACUGAUGCUCAAAGCACCCCACGUAGCAGAAGAAGAUCUAGUCAAGAUCGUUACAAAACACAAACUAUAAUCUUUUCGGAUCUGCAAUUUAACCAACAAACACAAUUGAGUAGUUUAGAAUCGAAUAACGAUGGCCAGAUGAGUGAUAAUUCCUUUUCAUCCAUCAGAAAUAUGACACAAAAUUUCAAAUUUAUAACAACAGCUACAGCUGAAAUGAAUACUUUGCCCCAACAGGAGUGUGAAUCAACUAGUUUGGAAUAUGAUCAAAACUCUGAAACAGAAUCUUGUCAUAAUUUCGGUAAUAAUCAACAAUCUUUAACUGAUAACGAGGAUUAUGAAGAGGAAGCGCAGGUCGCUGAAACUGCUCGUCCAAGAAUUGUAAAACCCGGUGAUAAAGAUUUAGAUAAAGAUAAACAACAAGAAGAACAAGAGAUGGCAACUGUAAAAGCAGUAAGAGGUGGUAAAAAACCUCAAUAUGUUUCACCCUAUAGCAUAAAGUACCAAAAGUCAACAGGGGAGGGUAAGACAAAUACAAAAUUAACACCACCCGUCAAUACAAAUUUCUUAAGAAAACGCAAUGGAACGGGUAAUGUCGCAACAACAUCGGGAGCUUCAACAGCCAGUUCUAAUACUAAAUUGGCACAAAAAAAGACAAUUACCAAGGAGACGACAGUGGUAAAGAAAGUUGAAAGUAACACAGCUACGGCUACAACUCCUGCAGCACCAGCAGCCCUAGAACGACAGGGUACCUUUGUUAAAGAUGAACCAUCUUUGGAUUCAUCUAGUGUUCCCGUAGUGGAUACAAGUCCCACUAAAACCAAAAUAUCAAAAUUACCAACAAAACGACAAAACUCCAACACAGCUACUUCGGCCCAUACAUCACCACAAAAGACAGCCAGUACACGAAAGUUGCCAACCUCCGCCUCUGCCCUGCAGGCGACAAACAAACGCAAUUUGGGCUCCAUUAGCAAACCACAAAGAGCAAAUAGUACCGUUAACAUACGUGUUACCACAAAUGCGGCCCGUAUAGCGGUUUUAUCCAAUCGAGUCUCUACCACUACACCACCUUCUCGCAGUAAUUCCUCCUUGAAUUCCGCUAAUGCAGCCGUAACGGCAGCACAAAAUGCUGCCACUAAAAUAAAUCAAGCCCAGUCACGUAUAGCGGGUAUAUGGCGUAAAGUAGAUGAAGCAAAGAAUCGCCAGCCACCCUCGAAAAUAUUAAAGGGUUCACAGUUGAAAGCUACAAAAGCACCACCUCAACCCGGUAAGCUAAUACGCAGUACAACUUUCGAUAAUACUCCUCCUGUGGAGGGAAAACCGGUUAAAUCGGUGCCACAGUUAAAUGGUACUAAAUUGCCAACAAGUGGUGCUAGCAAAAUUGCUGCUAUAACACACAGACAAACAACCAGUGCUGCUAAUCGAAAAUAAUUCCCUUUUUAUAUUGUUUAGUUCAAAUAGAAAUUAAACUGUAGGUGUUGAUUAAGAAUUAUUCAUUUAAUUAAACUGAUUUAGGCUUUUUCAAAAAUGGUCUUCCUUAAAAAAAAAAAACAUUUAAAAUCUGGAG